GUAGAGGUAGUGCUGAUAGAAAUUGCAGUGGCAGUGGCAGUGGUAGUGACAGUGGUGGUGGUCGUGGUAGUGGUGGUAGAAGAUGCAGUGGCAAUGGUGGGUAGUGCUGGUGGUAGUGGCAGUGGGAUAGAGGUGGUAUUAGUAGUUCCCUCAGUUGUUGUCGUUGAAAGCGUGGUGGCCGACAGGUUGGCACCUCGCCGUCGCAAUGUUUGCUUAGACAACAAACUGACUUGUUUUGUAUGGAAGGUGCAACCCUUUCUCCUUCUAUAUACUACUUUUGACAAACAAGGUACCCUUUUAGUAUACUUCUGUUGAAAACUGAUGUCCCUUGCAUAUAUCUGCUAAUCGUAGAUCAUCUUUUCAUGAACAAAUUAAACUGAUACGGCCAUCAGUUGCGUCGAUAUAUUUUAAAUCUAAGGCCUUUUAAAUACCUAAAUAGACCGCGAGCGGUUGUCCUUCUUUCCUAAGAGCCACGAGUGACUAACAAAAACGUGAGAUUACUCCUCCUUUGCAUAUCAGAAGCCUGAAAAAGGCACACCUUUGGGUGGACCUUCCACAUAUAGGGAGUACAUCCCCCUGACUUUUCCUCACUAUAAUACUUUUUACCCAAGUGCUCUAAAUGUUUGCUGGAGGUAUACUGCUUGGGGUACCGUAACGUAAGACUUUCUAAAAAGUCCUCCAUUUAGUUUUUCCUGAUUGUUUGUGCCAUUUGAAAGGACUUUUUAAACCUGUUUGGCGCGAAAUUAGAAAGUCCAAAAUUUUACCGCUGACGACAUGACAAUUGACCAAUAGGACAGUGAGUAAUAUUUUCACGCCGCUCUCGACAUGGCAUAUGUCAAUCAUCUUUUUCCCGCGUGAAUAUUUAUAGUAUAAUUCAAAUCCAUUCGAGUCGACCUCGAGACUUCGUCACUUGCUCAGUCGCUGCGCGACCUUAUUAAUUGAGGCUCGCUUCGCUCACUUUUAAGAACGUAUGACAGGCCGACUUCUGGCAAGUCUAAACGUCAGCUUGUAAUAGACGAACAUUCCAUCCGGGAGGGGAGUAUAGCUAUACCCCUAGGUGCCUCAUGCUGCGGAAACCGGGAUAGCAUCGGAACUGAUUAGCCACUUGCCUAUUAUACAGUCGUUACCUUUUUUUUCAGUUGUUGUCAGCGAAAUAACAGUAGCAGUUGUUGUAGUACAUUAGCACCAAGUGUUUUGCUUCAAUGUGGUGGGAGGUUUUGUCUGCCUUAUUAGCCCUGGAAACAAUACCAGUUGGGACCUUGGUCCCUGGUGGGUUCAACUUAGUCUGCUACACAGCCGUUUUUAGUGUCGUCACGCAACGCUCCUCCCCAGCGUUGCGUGACGACACUAAAAACGGCUGUGUAGCAGACUACCUUAUUAUAGGAAAUUAACGCUCCAUGAAAUUAACGCGAAUCGUUAAAAUUCGCGUUAAUUUAAGUCGUGUUAAUUUUGUUGAGCGUUAAUUUCCGCGACGUUAAUUAAGUGCCGCUUUAAUUUCCGCUCUCUAAAUUUCCAGUAUUUUAAACCCAAUUUUGGAACCUGUCCAGGCACCUAAAAAACAUUAACGACAAGCUUUCGUUCUUUCCAUUUACCCUUUAUUUUUUCAUCUUUCACAAAAGCUAACGCGAAGGUUUACAAUAUUUCGAGUUCAUCUUCAUCGUUGUCGCUGUCAGAAGUGAUGUCAGCUCACUUUUGUUCAGUUUUGGAUUUUUUUGCAUCCAGUGUUGAAAUAAAUUUGUUCCAGUUGCCUCCACAAGCUGUGUCUUAAUCGCGUUAAUUUCCUUUAUUAUGAAACUCUACCUCCUCUUUCGCGUUAAUUUUCUUUAUUCGAAAGUCGUUUUCAAUUAAAUUCGCGUUAAUUUAAGUCGCGUUAAUUUCCAAUACCUUAAUUUCAUGGAGCGUUCAUUUCCUAUAAUAAGGUAGUAAAACAAGACCUCAGAAGCUCUCUUCUAGUGGCAGCGAAAUGUGGAUCAGGCUUAAAACAAAUGGAUACAGGUCAAUCAAGUUUAAGGCAACGUAUAAGGCUGUGAGAGGUAAGACUGGUUGAUAUAAAUAUUGAGUAGAGAUUACCAAUUGCAGGUAUAAUGGGACGAGUAGAUAGUUUAAGUUAAGUUUAAUAAUACUUUGUCAUGCAAAUACAAGUAAAUAAAUAAUAUUACAGAAAAUACAAAAAGUGCAUGACUGGAGAAUAAUUGGGGGAAACUAAAUUCCCGUACAAAGAAUAUCCUCCGAUAUUAAACAUACUAAAACUUAAGAAGUAAAACUUAAAUGCGGCCCAAAACUAACCUGAUUUUAAAAUUGCAUACUUGUCACUCAUGAGUUACACCUGAUUUGAAAUUGACACAAAUGAUCCAAUAGAUACGACUUAAAACUGCUUAAUGAAGGUGCGUGCAUAAUGUUCGAUGGAAUACUAUUCCAGCCUGUUAAAUAGCGAUUGAAAAAUGAAAAUUUAAAGUAAUUUGUUCGUGUCUUCUUAGGUCUUGUCUUAAAAUUAUGGUUCCUACGCGUUUUCGCUAAAACACUAUGUUAAAAUAGAAAAAACAUGUGAGGAUGCAUGCUGAGCAGUAGGCACCAUUUGAGAAUCGAUGUACUGACGUACACUUUUUGCUGAUCACAGUCUCCUUCAUUGGGUCAAUUAAUAGCCUGUAGAGGACUUCACGAGAGUCCUAUAAUCACAAGUCUAAGGUCUUAGGUCUUAAAGUCAUACGAAAAUGAUUUGAAACUGUUUGCUCGCAAUAAGAGUGUUACGAUUUAUAUUUAAGUCAUGCGAUGGCGCCACUGUCCAUUUUGGCUAAAAAUCAUCCGACAAACAAAAAAUCGAGAUUGUAACGCCUGAAUAGCGACAGGACACCCAAGGAAGCACAGGAGACCCAAAUAUUGGUGUGCUGAUCUCCAGGGGGCCGAAGAAACAAUAAUUUACAGGAUCACGGUAAUCAAAUUACUUUCUAAUGAGCCUCGUUGCUAAUAAGAUCUAAUUACCACCCGGGUUUUAUAAAUCUCAAGUGACGUCUAACGUCUGAUCUGUAAUCCUUUUAAACUCUUUAUUUUUACGGCAGACGUUAUUAAACAAUUAUUGGACGAGGCUGAGCAAAAUGUCAUGAUUUGUCAGUGGAGAGCAGGUCAAUUCUUUACCGAAACCGAAGGCUGAUGCAAAUAAUUGAUCUGCCAGAUCAACAAUCGAGUUGAAUAAUCGUUUUAUCAUUCGAUGACCGAGUUAGGUUUUUAAUGAAUAUCUUCGGGGAGCGAAGCGAUCUGUCAUUCAAGUAAAGAGCGAUCGCAAGAAGGAGAAAAGUAUGGUCGUAUCAAGAAAUGACCCAUUUUACCGACCUGAAUUUGCCAAUUAACGUUCAAACAAAAGGCCCUUUGUUCCAGGUGACACCUGCCCAGACCAAGCCGAAGUUUGUUUGAAUUAAUCGGAAACCUUCGGCGUGACAAACUUGCGAACCAGGGAGGUAGGGAGUGCUACAUUGCGCUGUGAAGAAUGAUGCUCCACUAGGGUACCGACGGGAGAAGUUGAACUUCGUACAAAUUUAGUCCGUGCGGAGCUGAGAGCAGUCUUUUACUUAAUUUGUUUUUGCUUCAGGUUCUUAAUCACACAACUAUAAGCAUCGAAACAGUGAACUAAAAUCUUAACCUUUUUACGUUUAGAAGUUAAGCUCAUUUUUUCAUCGAGUACACUGCAAAAUAAUCCGCGGUGGCUCCCGCAAUCGUUCUAUUUGUCAUCGUGCAAAAGUGACGGGGUUGGAUACAAAAUAACCAAAAAAAUUGCGGCGCUCAGAUCAUUUUAUGCCGGUCCUUCGCGCUUUGCUAAGACACUUCUAAAGAGAAAGAAGAAAUUAAUUUGCAUUCUGCGCGCUACCAAAAUCCAUACCAUGUAAGCACCAGCAUGAUGUCCGUACUGCUUCAGAUUCUUUAAAACACAUUGAGGUUACGCUUCAGUAUUUUAGGCCGAUACUACUUUACGACCCUGUUUUUGCACUUUAAAUCGAAACAGGAUCGCAGAAAGAGACCUAGACACCUGCGCGCGCAGUCCGUACUUUGAGGCCUGAAUUGUAAGUUCUCGGCUCCUUCGAUUCAAUCCGUGGUUAAAGUUCCUUAGAAUUGUUCCUACGAUGUUUACCAUAAAAAAUGAAGUAUGUUUUCUUAAAAUUCGCAGCCAGUACGCGAAGCGCAAAAUAAACAGUACAGUUCGGGUUUGUUCGUCUAGUCUGUUCGGCACUUGCCUCACCCCUCACUACUGCGUCGUCCGUUUCGCCAGUCAACUGACACUCCUACCCACCCCCUAAGGUGAAAUUGCUCCUUACUUCGGUCCCGCCGAAAAUUCAAAUCUCAUCGGAAAGAAGUAAACGGUAAUGUUGAAAUUUGCCGCGCGUAAAAGCUAUUGUUUCACGUUGGUCAUUUUUGUCCUUAAUAGGCAAGAAACGAUCNGUUCCUUAGAAUUGUUCCUACGAUGUUUACCAUAAAAAAUGAAGUAUGUUUUCUUAAAAUUCGCAGCCAGUACGCGAAGCGCAAAAUAAACAGUACAGUUCGGGUUUGUUCGUCUAGUCUGUUCGGCACUUGCCUCACCCCUCACUACUGCGUCGUCCGUUUCGCCAGUCAACUGACACUCCUACCCACCCCCUAAGGUGAAAUUGCUCCUUACUUCGGUCCCGCCGAAAAUUCAAAUCUCAUCGGAAAGAAGUAAUCGGUAAUGUUGAAAUUUGCCGCGCGUAAAAGCUAUUGUUUCACGUUGGUCAUUUUUGUCCUUAAUAGGCAAGAAACGAUCAAAAAUAACAAUACAAAACAAUACCUAUUGUUCUCGAAUUCAGGUCGCUUUUCUUGAUACGGGUUUCAUUUACGCAUGAGCAGAAUAUUAUUUGCAGCCAAACACAGUCGGAGGACAUUGUGCAUGAGCAGGCUUUUAUUUGUAGACAGUUAUUCGCUGGUCACGUGGUGGGCUCUCGGCCAAUGAAAAGGACGAAAUAUUAGCAUCGAAUGAUAAAAUGUGUUAUGCAUUUGGCCAGGAGCCGAUAACUGAACUGGCUCAGUUCAUCUCGGUCAUCGGUUUACUAGAUUUCUUGCUGAAACGAUGGAUUGCAGCCUUUUUUAGAAUGAAACUCUUAUAAAUGGCCGCCAUCAUUGAUUUUAAUUAAAAUUUAUGUCUAUGCUGAUAGUAAUUGUAAUAAAACAUUCGCGGCUUGUGGCAGCCCUUGUACAGCAGCCCCCUUUUUCGGGGAGGGGCGACUGUACACAGGUUGUGCGCUUGGCAGUAGCAUUCGACAGUUUUUGAAAAAAAGGGCAAAGAAUUCAUUUCUCGUGACCAUAGCAGCUAAUUGUCACGAAACAAGCAACCAGUCGAAGUGAUGAAAUCCAUUUUGAUUCAUUAACUUAAACUAAUUUAGCAUUUAUGUACUUUUUUUAUGGCAGAUUCUCCAUCCACUUUGCUUGUGGUAGCCGGUGUGUCAACUAUCGUUGGUCUAAUGAUGACUUUAUUAUUAUUGACACUCUACCUGAAAAGAAAGCGAAGAAAUUCGGAUGAAGAGAACACUUCUCUCGCUGGAUCUCAGAACCAAGAGAGCGAACAGAACUGCACUGCUUGCGGUACAUCCAGAAUACCGUGUGAAAACAUUACGUUCACUUCAGUAGCAGCUGAAAACUCGGCUGGGCGGAAGGAGUCACUUUCCGAGCAUGAACUUGUGAUUAGUGGUCGAGGAAAUGAAAAAACACGAACACAGUCGCUUGGGGCCUACGCGCAAGAAAAUCUAGCCCCUGUUGUUGAAUAA